AUGUCAAUUGUCAACAUGUAUGCAGCCAACAACAGAUCAACAAUCUCCAAUCAAAUGCUCCAUCAACAAUUGCAUCAACAACCAAUGCCGCGACGGCAACAAAUUGCAGUUUAUCAAUAUUUGAACCCGGUAUAUUAUGCUCAAAUGAUGCCGGUUCAAAUGAUUCAAUGGCCAGUUAUGUAUCAACGAGUGGAACAGAAAUAUCAAGAAGUUGAACAUCAAGAUUUGCCACGACCAAAGAAACCAACACCACCGGAUGUGCCAUUGAGCGAAUUGGAAGAUGAACCCCCGAAGAAAGUGGCGAAACAAACAGAAAAAGAGAACAAGGGAUUUGAGAAUUUAUACAGUAAGUUGUUUUUUAAUGGGUGGGAGAGAACUUUUCUACCCUCGCGGGCUUAUUUUUUGGAAAAGAUUUGUUACAAAAAAUUUUUGAAUUACCUUCGAAAAUGUUUGAAAUCCAGAACCAUUUUUUUUGCAGAACGUCACAAAAAUUUCAAAAAAUGCCGUUCCGAAGCAAAGGAUUUUUAUCUGAUCAUGUUUUCGAAAAUGCGAGUCACCAAGGAACUAAUGAUGGAAUGGGGAUAUCCAUUUUUCGAGAAUGUUUCAAGUCCAAGUGUCACAAUCAAAUCAACAGUUUAUGAGAUGCACAAGAAAAUGUGGAUUCAGGAAGAGGAUAGAACACGAAGAUGUGUUAGAUGCAAUGAGGAAUAUUCGAUUGAUUUGAAUGGAGAAUCAAGAUCGAGGUGUAGAUAUCAUAAUCGAGGAUUUGUUUAUAAUGAAGGUUAGUUCAAAAAGUCCCUAAAUUCUUCAAUCCGAAUUUUGUUAUAGGAAAAGAAAAUAUUCGCCUUCAUUCGUGCUGCAGAAAUGAGGUUGGGAUCUCAAUUGGUUGUAAACAUGAAACAUUCCAUGUUUCAAAUCAAUUAUUCUCCUCGGAACUGUCUCAAUUCAUCAGAACUCCGAGCCCACGAAUAUUGGAUUCAAGAAGCAGAAAGAUGUAUGCGAUUGAUUGCGAAAUGGUCUAUACGACAGCUGGACCAGCAUUAGCUCGAUUAUCAGUGGUGAAUAUGAAGGGAAAAUUGGUAUUGGAUAUGAUUGUCAAGCCGCUACAUGCUGUUAUUGAUGCAAACACGGAGUUCUCGGGAUUGACAAUUGAGCAAGUGAAUGCAUCGAAAAACAAUCUUGAAACAGUGAGUUUAUUUCAAAAGGGUGUGGUUGUUUUUUAUCCCCGAAAAUUAGUAUAGAUUUUGAAAUUUCAAAUCUCACUUUCAAGUUGUUUUCACUAUCCCAAAUUUACUCUAACGUUUUGAAUACCCGUUUUUCUGCUCACAUUCCACCUCUAAAAUAAUUUGUCUUUCAGUGUCGAGAAGAGCUGUUCAAAUUGGUCAAUUCCGAAACAAUUUUGAUAGGACACUCACUGGAAUCAGAUUUCAAAGCGCUUCGUUUGGUCCACCACAAUGUAGUCGACACUUCAUUAUUAUUCAAAAAUGGGCCACACAAACCUGCACUACGGAACUUGACGAAACAACACCUUGGAAGAAAUAUCCAAUCAGACAAUGUCAACACUUUUGGACAUAGCUCAGCUGAAGACGCAAAAGCUUGCAUUGAUUUGGUCAAGGAGUAUAUAACUUGUCAUCAUUGA